UUUGCCUCAGUCGUUAGAUAUCUGCGUAUGCGGUAUCUGUGUCGUAUUGGUUUAAAAACAUGUCUUGUGGAGAUACAAAACCGACCGAAACUAAGGAGUCUGCAUGGUUGGAGCAACCGCUUGAAGAAAAUGAUCCUGAAAUCUACAGAAUUAUCAGAAAUGAGAAAGAACGGCAGAGAGAUGGACUUGAAUUAAUAGCGUCGGAGAAUUUUACCAGUGGGGCAGUUUUGGAAGCUUUAGGGUCCUGCUUGAAUAAUAAAUACUCGGAAGGAUAUCCAGGCGUAAGAUAUUAUGGAGGAACAGAAAACAUUGAUGAACUGGAGCGACUUUGCCAGAAAAGAGCUUUGGAAGUUUUCAAACUCAACCCUGAAGAAUGGGGUGUUAAUGUACAGCCCUACUCAGGCUCACCAGCAAACUUUGCUGUUUUAACAGCCAUUGUUGAGCCCCACGGUCGUAUAAUGGGGUUGGACCUCCCCGAUGGCGGCCAUCUUACUCAUGGCUUCAUGACCGAGAAGAAGAAAAUAUCAGCGACCUCCAUUUUCUUUGAGUCGAUGCCAUAUAAGGUGAAUCCUGCAACAGGACUUAUAGAUUACGAUCAACUGGAACAAAAUGCAAAACUUUUCAAACCGAAAGUGAUUAUUGCUGGCAUGAGUUGUUACUCGCGUGUCAUUGAUUAUGAGCGAAUACGCAAGAUAGCUGAUGCCAACAAAGCACUUGUGAUGGCUGACAUGGCUCAUGUUAGCGGUUUAGUAGCAACUGGUGUAAUCCCUUCACCAUUUGAACAUUGCCAGAUAGUUACCAGCACGACACACAAGACGCUAAGGGGUCCACGCGCUGGUAUAAUCUUCUACAGGCGUGGUGUCAAAGUACCCGCCACCGAUGGCAAACCUGCGGAGAUGUACAACUUUGAAAAGCCGAUAAAUGAAGCUGUUUUCCCCGGCUUACAGGGUGGCCCCCAUAACCAUGCGAUUGCUGGUGUGGCCGUGUGUCUGUUGCAAGCAAAAUCCCCCAUGUUUAUCGAAUAUCAGAAGAACGUGGUAAGCAAUGCACAAACAUUGGGGAAAGUCCUCAUGGACAAAGGAUAUGAUGUGGUGACUGGUGGAACAGAUACGCAUCUUAUACUGGUUAACCUUAAAAGCAAGGGUACAGAUGGUAACAGGGCAGACAAAGUGUUAGAAGCCAUUGGUGUUGCUUGCAAUAAGAACACUUGCCCAGGUGAUAAAGCAGCAUUGCGUCCAAGUGGGUUGAGACUUGGUUCACCAGCUCUCACUUCAAGGGGGUUGAAUGGGAAAGAUUUUGAGAAGGUUGCGGAUUUCAUUGACAGGGGGGUGCAACUGACUGUGGAGAUUCAAAACAGUCUUGAACCCAAAGCUACAUUCAAGGAUUUCAGAGUGAAGUUAUAUAACGAUGAUGUCAUAAUAGGAAAGGUUAAAGCAUUGAAGGAAGAAGUUACAAUGUUCGCACGUACAUUUCCAAUACCUGGCCUUAAAUAUACUUAAACACUUGAAUGCAAUAUACUAACAAAGUGCUUUAGGUGCAUUGUAGUGUAUGUAGCAGUUAAUAAUAACAACGGUACCUAUUUUAUGCAACAUAUUUGUAUGGCAGUUUGACUGGAUCAAAAAUUGUAUGGCUUUAAUAUUACUUUUUGUAAAAUUCGUUUUUAAAUUUACCCCCCACAAAAAGUGCUAUUACUUAGUUUGUACCUUAGGCACCAAACUUAAUAAAUACAGGGGAGCCAGGGAGCUGUUUUCCCCGGCCUACGUAUAUAUUUCUGUGAAACAAAUCUAAAUUAUUGGUUGUAAUGUUUACUGAUUAAUGCAGUGCGGAAAUUAUAUGGUUGGCCUGCCACCCCAGGUUUGGCACCUAUGGUUUAUAUAUUGCGUUACUGAUACUACCUUUAUCUUUCGGAUCAAGACAACUCCUGUAAUGCUUUUGAAGUAAUUUGUUUCUGCUGCUAUGUUAACUCUGUUGUACACCUAUGGUUCGUACGUAAAACUAGUUUUCAAAUGUAGGUUAUUACAAAACAGUAAUAUUACGUUACCUGUUUGAUCAAGGUAUAUAAAACUCUAUUGUUUUUGAAGUAAUUUGUUUCUGCUGCUUUAAUGCUGUUAUAACUUGAUGCAUUCCACUGAUUUGUGUAAUUGCUGACGUUUUGUUGCCUUGAAUAAAUAAAGGGUUUUAAUAAUAAG